CUGUGUGAAGCUCACCUGGUGCCAGAGAAAUUGUGCCAUGAUGCAACGCGCCUUGUUCCGCCGCAGCGUGCAGCUCGCGCAGCAGACCACGGCCCUCGAUGGGUUUUUGGUAGCGAGGAGCGCACCUCUGGUACAGCGCCAGGAGCGUCCAAUGUCCUCUGUCACGAUACCUCCUCCAGCAUGUAUGCUCAGGCCUCUCGAAGCACCCCUGCGCUACCUCUUUGGACCAGGACCUUCAAACGUACCUCCAAGAAUUUUAGCUGCAGGAGGAAGGCCGAUCAUUGGUCACUUGCACCCAGAAAUGUAUGAGGUUAUGAACGACAUUAAGAAGGGAAUACAGUAUGCAUUCCAGACAGAAAACAACAUGACUAUAGCAAUGAGUGGCUCCGGGCACGCGGCUAUGGAAUGCGCAGUGUUCAACACAGUGGAGCCCGGGGAAAACGUAGUUAUUGCCAUUAACGGGAUAUGGGGAGAGCGUGUGGCUGAAAUAGCAGAAAGAAUGGGUGCCAAUGUUUACAGAAUGGUAAAGUCUCCUGGAGGAUAUUUCUCCAAUAAAGAAAUAGAACAGGUUAUAGAGAAACACAAGCCUGUUCUGUUUUUUCUCACACAUGGGGAAUCUUCAGCUGGACUCUGUCAUCCUGUUGACGGGAUUGGUGAUAUCUGCAGAAAACAUGACUGCCUCUUCCUUGUGGAUACAGUUGCCUCACUAGGAGCAGCACCUAUUUUUAUGGACCAGCAAAACAUUGAUAUUCUGUACACUGGUUCUCAAAAGGCUCUGAAUGCACCUCCAGGAACAGCACCAAUUUCCUUUAAUGAAAGAGCAUGUCAGAAGAUGUUUAACAGAAAAACCAAACCAGUAUCCUACCUCUUUGACAUGACGCAUUUGUCUAAUUAUUGGGGCUGUGAUGGAAAACCAGCCAGAGUAUAUCACCACACUGGUCCAGUGUCUGGCUUUUUUGCACUAAGAGAGAGUCUGGCAAUUCUGGCUGAAAGAGGUCUGGAGGCAUCGUGGAAGAAACACAAAGAGGUGGCAGCCUACCUUUACAGAGGCUUGGAAGACUUGGGUUUUAAGCUCUUUAUUCCUGACAGGGACUUGAGGCUUCCCUCGGUUACAACCAUUGCCAUCCCUGAAGGUUAUGACUGGAGGGAGAUGCUGGUGUAUAUCAUGAAAAACCACCAGAUUGAGAUGACAGGAGGCCUGGGGCCAUCCAUUGGCAUGGUGAUGCGGAUUGGACUAAUGGGAUACAACUGUGAGAAACAUAAUGCUGACAUGGCACUGCACGCUCUAGCAGACGCUCUGAAGAACUGCAAAAAGAGCAAGGCCUGAAGGACUGACUCACACUUACUGAUACUUUUUUUAAAAAUAACAAAAACGUUGCUCAGGAAUCCUACCUUGUGAUAGCCUGUAC